AUGGUAUUCGGUCAAUAUCCUCAUAGUGAUACAAAUUCAAGUGACAUUCUAAUAGCAGAAAAUGAUAAUUAUGAUAAUACUGCAAAUUAUAACUUAGAUAUUAAUGAAUCGGGAAAUUCUACUUUAUAUGGCACCAUAGUAGAAGAUAUCAAAUUGGAAAAUAUAGAACAUCCAGAAUUGCAAAGCAUGGAAAAUCCUGACUUAGAAAGCAUGGAAGGUCCUGAAUUAGAAAGUAUAGAAGGUUCUGAAUUAGAAGGCAUGGAAAUCCCUGAAUUAGAAUGCAUAGGAGAUCCCGAAUUAGAAGGCAUAGAAGGUUCCAAAUUAAAAAGCAUUGAAUGUUCUGAAUAUGGUGACGAUAAAUUAG